ACGCUUAGUCCCCAUCCCGGCGGUCUUUGCGUGAACAAAAUGGCAGCCACCGUGCUGCGGAGAGUGUCUUGCCUAUCCAGGGCUUUAGGAUGGUGGUCUCCGCAGCCAGUCUUGGUGACUCAGUCCACAUCUGUAAUUCCAGUGAGAACUAAAAAACGUUUCACACCCCCUACUUAUGAACCUAAAUUCAAAUCCGAAAAGGAGUUUGUAGAACAUGCCCGGAAAGCAGGACUGGUCAUUCCUCCGGAACGUCUGGAGCGUCCCAUACAUCUGGCCUGUACAGCUGGUAUCUUUGAUGCCUAUGUUCCUCCAGAGGGUGAUGCUCGAGUGUCGUCUCUUUCAAAGGAAGGACUGGCACGGAGAGCUGAGCGAUUGAAGAAGAAUGUGGCAUCACAAUUGUCAAUUCGGAGGAUAAGAGAAUGUGAUGCUAAUUUUAAAAUAAAGGACUUCCCUGAAAAAGCUAAAGAUAUCUUCAUUGAAGCUCACCUUUGUCUAAACAACUCAGACCAUGACCGGCUUCAUACCUUGGUAACUGAAAACUGUUUUCCGGACAUGGUCUGGGACAUCAAAUAUAAGACCGUCCGCUGGAGCUUCGUAGAAUCUUUAGAGCCACCUCAGGUGGUUCAGGUUCGCUGUUCAAAUCUGCUGAACCAGGGCAACAUGUAUGGCCAGAUCACUGUCCGCAUGCACACCCGGCAGACUCUGGCCAUCUAUGACCGGUUUGGCCGAUUGAUGUAUGGACAGGAAGAUGUGCCCAAGGAUGUCCUGGAGUAUGUUGUCUUUGAAAAGCACCUGGUAAACCCCUAUGGGAGCUGGAGAAUGCAUGGCAAGAUUGUCCCCCCAUGGGCACCCCCUAAGCAGCCCAUCCUUAAGACCGUGAUGAUCCCUGGUCCCCAGCUGAAACCCUGGGAAGACUAUGAAGAGCCACAAGGAGAGGCCCAUAAGCCUCAGCUAGCCUGAUGGCAAAAAUGACUCCUGGGGUGAAGCAUGGGUGGUGAGGUGGCUGGAAGCUGUGAAGUCUGGGAGUCUGAGCGCUGUAAAGUCAUCUAUCUCCAUCACGCUGUAGAAGGAACUACCUUUGUUCUCUCCUGUCCUGCUUGGGUCUUUUCAGCAGUCUCAUCUUUAAUAACCACAGCUGAUGGCUGGGCCCAGGUAGGUGGCUGCUGUGCACAGCCAUAGACCCACUUUUAGAAGAAAUUUUAUAUCUAGCCUCUGAGUGUAGAUGAAAGACGGUAUGUUACAGAGAACAUCUGAUAGCGGUUUUUCCUAUAGCAGGACUGUCAGGAGCAAAUUGGCGGAAUUUUCUUUCUAAUCGCAGGGCAGCGAUCAGAGUUUGAAAUAAAACACUAUCAGGGUGUUGGACAAAUUGUAGUGGGUUCUGUACAUUUCUGGUUCAGGUUGGAAGCACACCAGCCUUCAGAUGGCAGAAAUGGAAGACAAGCUGAAUUGUGAGUGAUGUGACUUCCAGGAAAUCCAGACUUGGGAAAAAUAAUUAGUGUUUAUAAAAGAUAGUAUCAUUUAAGUGGGUCUUUUCUCAUACACUGACUCACUGAAUCAGCGUUUGUAUUUCAUAGAAGGAUGUACAUCCAAAGAAAUCGUUUAUCCCUCAGCCUUUGGAUUGUGUUCUUAGUUGUCAGCUACAUCCUGGUAUAAUCCCAGGAAAGGUGGCGAGGAGGGAGGCAGGGGCCGUGGAGAAGUUGAUAUAUUUGCGAAAUCAUC